CGACAUUGUACCAACACUGUCCAUCCUUUAUUGAGAGCUGCAGUUCCGUUUACACACUAGUACAGAUAUUUUAAUUUUAAUAAAUUAAUAUCAAAACUUUCGUGUAGCAACAUGUGGAAGCUCCUUAUCUCCCUUGCCCUGGUAGGCAUUUGCUCUGCCGAGUGGUAUUCCGACACCGACAUCAAGGUUACUGUAUCAGAUGCACCUGCCGAAGAUUUGGUAGAAGGCCAAGCCGCACGACUCGUUACGGACGCCAUCCCUAAGACUUAUAUUCUUGGAAAAGUUGAUACAAUUGUUGGAAUAAUCGAGGAUGUUGCUGACGUGAUUAAAGUCAUCACUACAAGAAGAGGAAGUCUCAGGGUCCUCACUAAGGACGGGAAACUGAUGGUUUGCCCCUGGAAGCAAAGGGGACAUAUCUCUGCUUGGAGAUGGAAGUGGUGGUGCACAGUGUCAUGCCCCAAUGGAAGAUCAGCCAGAGUGAGAACUUUGGGACGUGACAGUGGCGUUGCUAGCGCCGGGUGCCAGGUGCAGAGGCAAAUCAUGGGAGCUGGUCCAAGACCAAUCACCUUCACUUACAGGAGAAAGAAUACAAAUUGUUAAUGAUGUCCAGUAUAGUGUUAUAA